UGGCUCGCAGGGUUGAGCAAUCAGCUAGUGAAUUAUAACUGUGGCCAGAAGAGGAAUUUACCUGCAGCACUNACUGGAACAUCAUGGGCGAUAUCUGCCCAUAUUGGGACACUGCUACAACUCUACAAAAUACCUCAGCUCACUUUUGGAUAUUUUGAUUCUAACAUGAAUGACCAAAGUCAGUUUAAAACUCUCUAUCAGGUGGCCCCCGAGGACACAUAUCUGUCACUGGCCUUAGUGUCUUUGAUGCUUCAUUUCAGCUGGUCCUGGGUGGGUCUGAUUGUCCCAAAUGACCCCAGAGGGACUCAGAUUCUAUCAGACUUUAGAGACAUUAUGGAAAGUAAUAGGAUCUGCUUAGCCUUUGUGAAAAUGAUUCCUGGCACCUGGAAUUCAUAUUCUGAUGCAAUAUGGAAAAAUAUGGAGAAGAUUCAGGAAUCAUCAGCAAAUGUGAUUGUUAUUUAUGGGGACAUUGUUUCUUUACAAGGUUUAAUGCGACACAUUACACAACUGUUAGUGACAUGGAAAGUCUGGGUCUUGAACUCUCAAUGGAAUAUUGACUACUAUUCUGAUUAUUUUAUGAUAGAAUCAUUUCAUGGGAGUCUCAUUUUUUCACACCAUCAUGAAGAGAUGGUUGAGUUUGUGGAUUUUGUUCAAACAGUGAAUCCCUACACAUACCCAGGAGAUGAUUAUCUUCCUAAAUUUUGGGUUUUUUUCUUCAAUUGCCCUUUUUCUGAGUUUGAUUGCCAACUUUUGGAGAACUGCCAACCCAAUGCAUCUUUGGACUUACUGCCCAGACACAUUAUUGACCCAGCCAUGAGUGAAGAGAGCUACAACAUAUACAAUGCUGUGUAUGCUCUUGCUCACAGCCUCCAUGAGAUGACUGUUCAACAAAUACAGACACAACCAUACGCCAAUGGAGAAGGAAUGACAUUC